AUGUCAACCGAGGAAGCGAUCUCCAGAAAAGAUAAGAAGGCACAGCGAGAUGCUGAGCGUCACAAGGCAGGAAAGACAAAGAAGCGGAAGCACGAUGAGACCGAGGACAACGAUGAGCUCAAGGUUGAGGCCGUGAAGCAAGAGGAUGGCGAGGAGGACGCAGUGUCGAAGCCGAAGAAGUCUUCGAAGAAGCGGAAGGUAGACACAAAAGAUACCACAGCAGGAAACGCACUGGAGGUGAAAGAGGAGGAGAAGGUGGACACAACAGCUUCAAGGCCAAAGAAGCGCAAGAAGAAGUCCGCAGCAGCUACCACUGGCGACGAUACCACCACAGUUCAGGACGACACUCCAAAAGACGCAGAAAAAGCCACCACGAAAUCCAAAUUCAUCGUCUUCAUCGGCAAUCUACCCUACAAAACCACCGACGCAACACUCACCGCACACUUCAAAUCCCUCCAACCCUUCAACCUCCGACAUCGCACAGAUCCGCAAACAAAACGAAGCAAAGGAUUCGCAUUCCUCGAAUUCGAAAAUUACGAUCGCAUGAAGACAUGUUUGAAACUUUUCCACCAUAGCAUGUUCGACCCGGAAGCGAAAGAGGUGGGUGGAACUGGGAAGGGAAAUGGAAAAGCGGGGAGGAAGAUCAAUGUCGAGCUCACGGCUGGUGGAGGUGGGAAGACGCAAGGAAGGCAGGACAAAAUCAAGGUGAAGAAUGAGAGGUUGGAGGAGCAGAGGAAGAGGAGGGCGGAGGUGGAGAGGAAGGAGAAGGAGAGAAAGGAGAAGAAGGAAGGGAAGAAGACUGCUGGGGCAGCCAAGGCACAGGGUGUACAUCCGAGUCGAUUACGGAGAGGGGUGGACUUUUGA